CCCUUCUGUCCUGCACGGGGCCCGUCGGAGCCCGGACUCCUGCUCCGCGCUGUUUGCAGCGGCGCUCGUGCCUCAGCUUGCGGCUUAGGGGGCUGUAGCACCUGCCGUUCUAGGGAGCAGGUGCUAACCCGUGCGCGAGCCUCCGCCCGGCCGGGGGUCCCGCCAAGCCCCUGGCUGCGGUUGAGGCCUCCCGGGACCGCGGCGGUCUGCCUUGGAGUCGGAGGAAGUGCCUGGCACCUUCCAGUGCGUUCUUCGUGCCAGGCGGGUGGCUGGGGGCCUCUCCGCAGCCGCCCAGCCUGGACUCUCGCUGGCCGGGUCAGCCCCGUGUAGACCUUGACGGCCUGACUUCUUCACUCCUAUUGCAGUUCACAGUUUCUAGGUCUCCCUCCGUGUGGGCAGACCGCCAGUACUGGACGACGGUCCUGGCUGAGUGUGACCUGCUGGACCUGGCCCAGGUGCCAGUUACCACCAGAAGUCCUUUAUGCUUCCUUAGUAACGGUUGGAGUCAUAGGUAGCCCUCUGAGGCAGGUCCUGCCACUGGCCGUCCCGGGUGGACCUAGAUCUUAGUGCACUAGGGGAGAAGCCAGGGGCUGUUCGUUCAUAGUUUUGACCUUGUGCUUGUGUAACACAUUAUCAAGGUAAGGAUCUGCACCCUAGAAACCACCCUCGGCUGUGCUCUGUCCUCUCUUGGGUGGCCUCAGGGGGUCACGUUUUCUGGUGUCUGAAGUGUCUCUGGUAGGUUUUCGUGUGUUAGUACUGUCAACCCUUGAGCAAUACCGGGAUUUAGGGCUGCUGAUCACCAUGCAGUGGAAAAUCUGAGUAGAUCUUUCGAUGAUGGUGUACUGUUGAGCAGAAGCCUCACUGAUAACACAGACAGUUGAUAAACGCGUGUUUUGUGUGGUUAUGUAGCGUAUCCUAACAAAGUAAGCUAGAGGGGAAUAUGCUACGAAGAAAAUUGAAAGGAAGGAAAACACACAUAUAGUAACUGUACUCAUCCAAAAAAUAUGCACAGAGUGGAUCUGAGUGGGUUUGUGCAGUUCAAACCUGUGUUUUUCAAGGGCCAACUAUAUUCACCUCUGUUGUAGGGCAGGAAAGGUGCUCACACUUACGGGCCUGGUUAGGUAUUGGAGCAGGUGUCCAAGUACCACUGUGUGGAGUCCAGUUGUGGGAAUGGUGGUGACACCUGGAAGGGCUGUGGCGCUGUCCUGCCCUGUGGUCUGUACACCUCCAGCAGGAUGCCUGGGUCCCGCAGUGUUGCUGAGCCACCAAACAGUGUGCUCACCCUUAGUUGAGUGGGACCGUGGCUCUUUUUCUUAACCGUCAAACACUAAGUAGAAGAAAAGUGGAAGCUUUAAGGGGUUGGUAAUUGUACAAAAGCACCUCGUAGUAUGCUAUUUCCAGGUACAAACGAUAUGAGGAAGUUGAUAGUUUCCUCAGAUUAACAUGCCCUCGCUAUUUUAGGAAACAUCAUCCUAGAAGAAGCCUGCCUGUGGGAUCCACGACGAGAGCCUUACCUGGCUGGACCCACCUUCCCCGGCCCUUGCCUUGCCUCUCUGCCUUCUGGUCUUUAGUGUGACCCCUCUCCUCUGACCUCAGACUUGGCCCCGCUACAUUGAAAGCCCUGCUUUGCCGCAGCUCAGGAUAAGCCGUUUCAUUCACCCUAGUGUCGGGAUCCCUUAGGAGCGCUGAGGUGCUAUAGGUACCUGACCGGACCGGAGCUAAAUCGUGUUUGUUAUAAGUUGGUAUUUCACUUUGAACGUCACUCUAUAGAUGGGAAUCAGUGUCUUUUUUUUUCUCUGUAGGCACAGUUUUGUGGUUCGAAUUGCUUUGUCUUCUGUCUCCUGGCUUGGCCUCCCUGUCCUAGAGAGGCACACGUCACCCGGUCGCGGUGUGUAGCGAGUGACUGUCGGGCUUUCAGGAGAGCGCUGCAUCUGGGGACGGGAACUUUUUGACUCUGGUUUGUUUCAGAGCCGAACGCCAAUGUCCAGUGAUGGAUGACGACAGCUUGGAUGAGCUUGUGGACCGAAGCCCAGGGCCAGAUGGACAUCGUCGACUCAGCCCUGCUGCCCUGGCCAGCAAUGCUGAAGAAAGCAGUGAUGGCACCAGCGAGGUCUCUGAGGAUGACACGGGCAGUGAGCGCAGCUACAGCACCGAUGGAGAGGACCAGUCUGGGUCCGAAGAUUCUGAAGAAGGAGGAAGAGGAGAAGAGGACAUGGAGGCGUUAGUGGCUGUGGUGGACACUCAGGGGAAGCUGGAAGACAACAGUGCAUUUAAUUCUGAUGAUGAUGCCGAGAGCUGCCCGAUUUGUCUCAAUACUUUCCGGGACCAGGCUGUGGGGACACCUGAGAACUGUGUCCAUUAUUUCUGUCUGGACUGUAUCGUGGAAUGGUCCAAGAAUGCCAAUUCCUGUCCCGUCGAUCGAACUAUAUUUAAAUGUAUUUGUAUUCGAGCCCGGUUUGGUGGUAAAAUCCUGAAGAAGAUUCCAGUGGAGAAUGCCAGAGCCGGAGAAGAGGAAGAGGAGGACCCGACCUUCUGUGAGGUGUGCGGCCGGAGUGACCGGGAGGACCGUCUGCUCCUCUGUGAUGGCUGUGACGCCGGGUACCACAUGGAGUGUUUGGACCCUCCUCUCCAGGAGGUGCCGGUGGAUGAGUGGUUCUGUCCAGAAUGUGCUGCGCCUGGAGCUUCUGCCGACGCUGACGCAGGUCCUGUGAGCGAGGAAGAGGUGGCCCUGCUCUUGGCUGACGUGGUGCCCACCACCAGCCGGCUUCGGCCGCACGCAGGGAGGACCCGAGCUAUUGCCAGGACGAGGCAGAGCGAGAGGGUCCGCGCGACUGUGAACCGGAAUCGGAUCUCCACUGCCAGGAGGAUCCAGCAUGUCCCGCGGUACCUCAUGUCUUCUCUGCUGGACGAGACCAUCGAGGCGGUCGCUGCGGGUCUGAGUACUGCCGUGUACCAGCGCCCCGUGACGCCCCGGGCCCCCAAGCGCAGGAGGAGAACAGGAAGACGGAAGAAAGCGUCAGGAAGAAGGAAAGCGCAGCCCAGGUCAUCUGUGAAAAGCAGGAGCUCUGGGGCGAGGUCUAAGAAACGCCAGGGCCGCGUGAAGAAGAGAAAAGGGAACAAGUCAAAGAAUGAAGCCACAGCUCGCUCCCGCAUCGCACGGACACUGGGCCUCCGGGGUCCGGCCUGUGGAGGCUGCAUCCCUUCUGUGCAUAAGCCAGCGGAGCCCUCUCUGGGGCUGAUGCGUGCGGACAUUGGAGCGGCCUCUCUGUCGCUCUUUGGAGACCCCUAUGAGCUGGACCCCUUUGACAGCAGUGAGGACCAGUCUACAAACCCUGCUUCCCCUUUGAGCGCCAAGAGGAGGGUUCUGUCCCAGUCGGCACUGCGUUCUCACCGGCCCGUGGCCAGGCCUGUGGCCAUGGGGCUCUCCAGGAGGAGUGUUCCUGCUGCGGCGCCUGAGCCCGAAGUGGACGAGGCCCCAGUCCCUGACCUGGUGGGGAGUAUCCUGUCGGGCCAGAGCCUCCUCAUGAUGAACGGCGCCGACAUCAUCAUCCAUCGGGACGGCUCCCUCAGCGCCAAGAGAGCAGCACCUGUUUCGUUCCCAUGGAGCGCGGGCAAGAGCACAGGCGGCUCAUCGCAAGGGGGCAAGCACCCUGGGCCCAGGGCCUGCCUGCAGCCUAGAGCCCCAUGCGCGGGAAGCGGGCUGCAGAGCACAGGGCUGAGCUGUCGCAGUGGGCCCGCACCUUCCCGUGUCCCUGCGCUCUCAACAGGGGCGACUGUGAAACUGGACUCGUCGGUAACCCCUCCGUCAAGUCAGGCUCAGAACCCGUCAGGCGUGCGCGGGCCUGGCCUAAAGCAGAGGGACGACCCCCGAUGUGAUGGCAACAGGCCCACUCUGCCCGCCAGCGCCGCACCCUCCAAGAUCUCUGGUAGCUGCUCUCACUUGCCACCGGCUGGUGCGCUGCUGGGCCAGGCCCUGAAGUCAGCUCCCAGGAGGCCUGACAUCUCUGAGCUACCCAGAAUACCAAAGGUCAGAAGGGAGGACUGUGGCAGCAGACGGGCGGAUGCGGCCCCCACCAGCGAGCAGCGCGUGGAGAUCCCCAGCUCCUGCAUCAGCCGCCUCACGGGCAGGGAGGGCCCCGGCCAGCCCGGCCACGGUGCCCGAGCAGAGGGCGAGCCCAGCAGCAGGGGCCCACAAGAGCCCCGGCCACACUCAGGGGGUGGCUCCCAGUCCCCCGCCUCCCUGGGACCCUCGAAGGGGAAGGGUGUCAGCUCGACGUUUGAGAGCUUCAGGAUCAAUAUUCCCGGGAACACCGCGCAUUCCGGCAGACUCUCCAACCCUGGCUUUUGUAACACGUUCCGGCCUGUCGACAACAAGGUGCAGAGGAAAGAGAACCCCUCGCCCCUCUUCUCCAUCAGGAAGACCAAACAGCUCAAGAGUGAGAUCUACGACCCCUUUGACCCCACAGGCUCCGACUCCAGUUCUGCCGGCAGCAGCCCCGAGCGCCUGGGCUCUGGCCUCCUGCCCUCCGAGAUCACUCGCACCAUCUCCAUCAACAGCCCGAAGGCCCCAACGUUGCAGACUGUGCGCUGUGUCACCUCCUACACAGUGGAGACAGUCUUCGGGGCUGAGCCCGAGCCCCCGAGGGGGCCUUCUUCCGGCAUGCUCAAGCUCCGGGGCGAGAGGGCUCCCGAGGAGGCCUCCGACCUGGAGCGAGAGGGGCUGGGCCAGGGGGCUGCUGAGGGCCGGGGCUCGGCCUCCCAGGCGCAGAGGCCGUCCCCAUCCGAGCCGUGGGAGGACAAGGACCAGCUACCCUGCAGUACUUUCUUUGGCUCCGAGGAGCGGACAGUGACCUGCGUGACUGUGGCAGAGCCAGAGGCCCCACCCAGCCCGGACGCGCCGCAGACAACCACCCACAGGAUCGUGGAGCUCAGGUCCCCGUCCUGCUCCCGCUCCACGUCCAGCUCCCGCGGCAGGAAGAAAGCCAAGAGGAAGCGGUCCUCUGCCAGGGAGCACCGGAGGACCCGCUCAGGCUCCCGCUCGGGCUCCCACUCUGGGGACAGGAGCUCACGGUCUGUGUCGCCACCGGUGGGGGAGGACCACCCCAAGAGGCAGCAGACCAAGUCCCGGGGCCGGAGGUCUUCUAGUGACCACUCCAGCAGCCGCGAGCGAGCUAAGCGGAAGAAGGCGAAGGAGGAGGGCAGGAGGAGGAAGAGGGACUCCUGGGGUCACGGCCGGUGGAGGUCCAGGUCCCGCUCAGGCAGCCCAGGGAGCUCGUCCCAUGAACGCAGGGAGAGCAGGAGGAGGAAGCGGAGGCGGUCGGGGUCCAGGUCUCGGGGGAGGGAGUGCUCACCCGCCAGCAGCCUGGACAGAGCCCGGAGACACCGGCACCCGAGGGAGAGGAGCCGGGAGCGGCCUCGCAUCAGGUGGGGCUCCCACGAGAGGAGGAAGCGGAGGUCCAGGUCACCGAGGUCGCCGAGCACGGAGCACAGGUCCCGGGAGCACCAGCGGCCUCGUUCCCAUGAGAAGCGCCCGAGGCCUCGCUCCCCGGAGAGGAAGUUGGCAGCCGCUCCCCAGGAGGAGCAGAAGCCUGACAGGGAGCAACCAGCCAGGCCGCUGGCCUCAGUGGGAGCGGACGCCUCACCGGUGGGGGCUGAGACCCACAAGGCGGCUGUGGAGGUCCCAGCUGAGUGUCCGCCUGAGGACCUUGAUUAUGGGGACUCUGUGGAGGCGGGGCACAUCUUUGAGGAUUUUUCAAGCGAAGUCUUUCUCAUGCAGCUUGAUGACAUGAGCUCCCCGCCCUCCCCGGAGAGCACGGACUCCUCCCCAGAGCGAGACUUCCCACCCAACCCUGCUGUGCGGCCUGCCAGCCAGCAGCAGGACGCCAGCCUGGCCGUGGCUGUCAUGCGACAGGAGGUGUCCCUGAUCCAUGGCGAAGAUGCCGCACAGCCCCCGCCCCAGGCGCAGGGCCCCGACGAGAAGCCCCUGCUCCAGCAGGAUGCAGCUGGGGCCAGCCCGGUGCCCAGUGCCCUGGGGAGCCAGGCUGUGGGCGGGGUGCCCGUGGGGAAGGAGGAAGGCCCCUCGCAGACCCCCUUGCUGCGGGCCAAAGCCCUGGUGAAGAGAGUCACCUGGAACCUCCAGGACGCAGAGAGCAGCACCCCUGCCGAGGACCGAGGCCUGCGGACGCCGCUUCACAGGCCUCAGAAGCCCCGGGAAGGGGUCUGGGAAGCAGAGGACAUGGGCCCCUCAGUGGGCUUCCAGCAGACAUCCUUCUCUGAGCCCCCUCCUCCCGGCUAUGCGCUUCCAGAGUCUGGCUUCCCUGACGCUGAGCCCUCUCAGGUUUAUACGUCCAACCUGCCUCCCGCCCCAGCUCUGCCCAUGAGCCUCCCGCCCUACGCACCGGCCAGCCAGCCCACGGUGCAGUUCAUCCUGCAGGGGAGCCUGCCCCUGGCCAGCUGUGGUGUUGCACAGAGCCCGGCCCCCGUGCCCACCUCCCUGGCCACGGCCUCGGAGCCAGCCGGCCACUCCACUGGCUCCAGCAACUCCGAGGAGAGGACGGCCACUCCCAGGCCUGCCGCAGAGAAGGCCAAGAAUGAGGAGUACAUGAAGAAGCUGCACAUGCAGGAGCGGGCAGUGGAGGAAGUGAAGCUGGCCAUCAAGCCCUUCUACCAGAAGAGGGAGGUGACGAAGGACGAGUACAAGGACAUCCUCCGCAAGGCUGUACAGAAGAUAUGCCACAGCAAGAGCGGGGAGAUCAACCCCGUGAAGGUGGGCAACCUGGUCAAGGCCUAUGUGGACAAAUACAGACACAUGCGCAGGCACCGCAGGGCCGAGGCUGGUGAGGAGGCGCCCGCCCAGGGCCCUGAGAGCUGAGGGCGGGGAGAGCGGGGGGCGCUGGCCCCCAUCCCCGAGCGAUUCUUUUGGGAGUGGCAGAAGCAGAAAACUCUGAAGACACCCAGCCAGCACUCCUGCAUUCAGGGUUCUGUGAUCACACGUGCUCUGUGCACCGGGCCUGCUCACAGUUUAAAACUGGACUUUUUUAUAUGUAUAUUCUAGAUACACACUGUUUCCAUUGUGUUCUAAUUUAUCAAAAAUGGAUUAUCUUUAGAAA